GCAUGCAUGGUAGCAGUAAAGUAUAAAUGAGGACUUGCGUAUAAAAAGUGUUCGCAAGUCAUGCAAAGUCCAUUUUGUUUUUCAGCCUAAUAACAUUGCAUGGCCAAAUUAUUGGAAUUGGACAGUAAAAUUGUAUACCUGCUGGUGAAAAAUGCAUCAUAAGUGAAGUGAAGAUCAAGUAAGGUGUUCCCCGACAAUGUACAUAUGAAUAGCUGUGGGAUAACAAUGGAGAAUGCUUGGCGGUAUAGGACUCCCAGCGUUAAACUUGAACCUCAAACAGUCCAAAUGGCACCGCCGUAUUAUGACAAUGGAACAAACAGUGGACAUGUUGAUUUCAGUUCAAGUCAUAAUAUCAACAGAGCCAUGGGUGCCGCUAAUAACGUCAUCUAUCAGCAGUCAAGCUGGAUUCCCAUGCAAACUGUGGCCGAUUUCCAAAUGAGCGUUGCCAGGAUUUCUCACAUCAUGAGAGAUGGUCCUAGACUUCCAGGGUAUUCACUUCAAUCAAACAUCCACUAUGCCAAUUACAAUGCAGUGCCUGCAACCCAGCCAUCCUAUCAACAGUCAAGAUGGAGUGCCCAACCGUUGCAGGGACACUACCCUAUGGUUGCAACCAACAGUCUUCAUGUCGCGACAGAAGAUUCAGUCUUUUCAGCAGUUCCACAAAGUUAUUAUGCUCCUUGUAGUUCAAUGCCGACUCCCCAACUAUCCCAGGCACAGUCGAGUAAUUGGGCACCCCAGACGGUAGUGACAGAGUUUCCAUUUGAUGCAGUUAGCAGACCUCAAAUCAAGGUGGAAAAUUCAGGCUUUUCAGAGUUUUCACAUCAGCCAGAUGAAAUUAACCAUGCCCCAUACAGUGAAGCAGCUGAGACCCUGUCAUCUUAUGAACAGUCAAGUAAUUGGGCACCCCAGUCAGUAGAGACUAACUUUCCAGUUGCUACAGCCAGCACACCUCACAUAAAGGUGGAAAAUUCAGGACUUUCAGAGUUUUCACAUGGAACGAAUGAUUCUCAUACACCAUAUACUGAAGUGCCUGAGGCCUCGUUGUCUAACGAACAGUCAAGUAAUUGGGCACCCCAGUCAGAAGAGACCAACUUUCCAGUUGGUACAGCCAGCACAACUCACAUAAAGGUGGAAAAUUCAGGACUUUCAGAGUUUUCACAUGGACCAAAUGAGUCCCAUACACCAUACAAUGAAGUGCGUGAGGCCUCAUCAUCUAAUGAACAGACAAGUUGGAUGCCUCCUCAAGCAGGCUUCCCAACAGAUACAGGCAGCAGCGCUGACAUUAAGACAGAGGAUCCAGGACAUUCAGAGUGUUCAUAUCAAUCUGGAGAAAGGACAGUGGAAAGUAGGCCUACAGUGCCUACAAUACAGUCAUCUAAUGAAAAGGAUGAUUUUGAGGUGCAAGAAAGUACUGUAAAGUUCAACCAAGAUGUGAAGGAGACGAUUCCUGAUCAUUGUCGUGACGGCACUUCAGCUGCUCCAUCUUCCUUGGCCAUGGAGGAACGGGAACAGGAAGCAUCAACAGAGCAGGACGGAAUCAACAAGGACCAUUCUCAAAAUCCUGAUUAUCCUGAGGGGCUGGUGUCCAACGAUUUCACACUCACUGGAGCAGACUGCACUUGGCUUCCAGAUGAUAACUACUCAUCAAGAUCCCAAGAUGAAAACCUGCCUGACUAUUUUGUAGCCUCGCAAGCUUCAAAUGAAGAGAUCCAAAACAAUGGCAGGCAAUUGCAGAACUGGUUCUGUCCAACUUGCUAUGAAACCUUCUCAAGUUCUGAUUCUCUGUCAACUCACCAAGAACGAGUACACUCAUCUGGCGUGCGUUGGUACAAGUGCCAAAACUGCUCGGAAACUUUCACAACACCACAGAAUCUCAAGACGCAUGUUGUGAAUGAACAUACCAAUGCUGGUGAACGUCCGUUUGCGUGUGCCAUGUGCAGCAAAACCUUUAAGAGGACAGGCAAUCUUAAGGACCAUGUAAACAUCCACUCUAAGGAGAAGAAGCUAUCAUGUAAAGUCUGCAAACAGGCCUUCCUCAGUCGAGCGGCACGUUCUAGGCACACAAAGUCCCACAAUCAAGAGAAGCAAGAUACAGCAGUUGAUUUCAAGUUUGAAUGCGAGCACUGUCAGUUCAGAUUUCCAACUAAAUCUAAACUUACCGAGCACAUGCGUUCCCACAGACCACGAAGACAUUUACCGUGCAAAGUCUGUGGAAUGGAAUUCGAGACAAAAGAGGAUUUGAAGUCACAUUCCUCAUCAGUGCACUCCAGUGAUGCAUCACUCUCGUGCAGUACUUGCAAUCGUAACUUUUCUUGCAAGCAAUCUCUGAAGAUUCACAUCCAGUCAAUCCAUGAUAACAAAGAUAGACCGUUUAAGUGCACGCUGUGCGAUAAAGCCUUCAACAGGAAAGAUAUCAUGGAAGAGCAUGUGAAUCUCCACACAAAGGAGAAAGUCUACUCUUGCAUCAUCUGCCAGCACUCUUGUUACAGCAGAGGAGCACAUCGGAUGCACAUGCAAUAUCAUACUCUGGAUGACGAAAGCACUGUCAAUGACAAAAAUGUCACUUGUAAGCACUGCUCAAAAAUAUUCCCUGACAAAGCUGCACUUAAAAAGCACAUGCGUUCUCACUCAAAGAAAAGAGAGCUUUCAUGUGCGGUUUGCUUCUUGACAUUCAGAACGGAAGCAUCCUUGCAAUUGCACCAUGCAGUUCAUGUCGAUUCCAAACCCAAACAGACAAGUGAGAAGUCAAGUCAAGAACAUAGCGAACCAGAGAAGCUGUCUUCAGUGCCCUCAAGUGAUGCAUCACUCUCGUGCAGUACUUGCGAUCGUAACUUUUCUUGUAAGCAAUCUCUGAAGAUUCACAUCCAGUCAAUCCAUGAUAACAAAGAUAGACCGUUUAAGUGCACGGUGUGCGAUAAAGCCUUCAACAGGAAAGACAUCAUGGAAGAGCAUGUGAAUCUCCACACAAAGGAGAAAGUCUACUCUUGCAUCAUCUGCCAGCACUUUUGUUACAGCAGAGGAGCACAUCGGAUGCACAUGAAAUCUCAUAAUCUGGAUGACAACAGUGCAGUCAACGAUAAAAAUGUCGGCUGUAAGCACUGCCCAAAACAAUUCUCCAACCAAUCUGCACUUAAAGAGCACAUGCGUUCACACGCAAACGAUGGGGAGCUUUCAUGUAAAGACCAUUCUUCGACAUUCAAAACGGUAGAAUCCUUGCAAGUACACAAUGCAAUUCAUGCCAAUUCCAAACCUGAACAGUCAAGUGAGAAGUCAAGUCCAGAACAUAGCGAGCCAGAAAGGCUGUUAUCAGUGCUCUCAAGUGAUGCAUCACUCUCGUGCAGUACUUGCAAUCGAAACUUUUCUUGCAAGCAAUCUCUGAAGAAACACGUUAAGUCAAUCCAUGAUAACAAAGAUAGACCGUUUAAGUGCACGCUGUGUGAUAAAUCCUUCAAAAGGAGAGACGUCUUGAAAGAGCAUGUAAAUAUCCACACAAAGGAGAAAGUCUACUCCUGCGUCAUCUGCCAGCACUUUUGUUACAGCAGAGGAGCACAUCGGAUGCACAUGCUAUCUCAUACUUUGGAUGAUGAAAGUGCAGUCAAUGAUGAAAAUGUCACUUGUGAGAACUGCCUAAAACAAUUCUCUGACAAAUCUGCACUUAAAGAGCACAUAUGUUCUCAAUCGGAGAAAAGAGAGCUUUCAUGUGAGGUUUGCUUCUUGACAUUCGAAACUCUAGCAUCCCUGCAGUUGCACCAUGCAGUUCCUGCUGAUUCCAAACCCGGAGAUUCAAGUGAGAAGUCAAGUCCAGAACAUAGCCAAUCAGAGAAGCUUUCUUUUGGCACUUGCUCCAAAGUCUACUUUUCCAGACAAGCUUUCAAACGUCAUACCAGGUUGUCUCAUGAUGUAACCACUCAACGAUUGCCUUGCACUAUGUGUGAUAAAACCUUCAAGUGCCGUGCUAGCUUGAAAGAACACACGAAUACUCACACUGAAAACAAAGGAUACCCGUGCGACAUGUGUGAAUCUGCCAGCUCUACUAGAUUUGGACUUCACAGACAUAAAGAGACCCAUAGUAUCGAGGAACUCGAAGCUGCUGCAGAGAAAGAAAUCCUCCAGAGAUAUAAACAAAGCCACAUUGAAGGGAAACCAAUCAAUAUAUUCACUUGUCUGAUUUGCAAGGAAAAAUUUCAGAGUUCUCAGUGUAUUGAGGAACACUUGCAAAGACAUGUCCUUGAAACUCUGUUCGACUGUUCAAUCUGUCCGGCAACUUUCAAGUCAAGAUACAGUCUGUCUAAACACAAGAUAGCUCACUUCAACGGAAAACCAUUUGAGUGUAGUAACUGUGGUAAAGCUUUCCGCAAAAAAAGCCACAUGAAAGAACACCAACUUAUUCACACACGGGUCAGAAAAUUCAACUGCACACAAUGUCCAGCGACGUUUCAAGACUUUGCAGAUCUCAGAAAGCAUCGCGAGACCCAUCCGAAGCCACAAGAAGUCAAGAAACAUGAGUGUAAGAUCUGCCAUCAGAAAUUUUUGAGACCAAACAUCCUUCGGAUUCACGCCUAUAAACAUACCAAAGCCAAACCGUUUUCUUGCUCGAUAUGCAGUAAGAAAUUCAUCGGAAAGUACUCAUGUCAGCAACAUGAAUUGACACACAGAAUGGAAAGAAACCACAAAUGUCCAAUCUGUGGAGUUGCCUUCCACUAUCCCGGCCGUCUCAAAAUCCACAUGAAAAACUCUCACAGUGACAGUCAUGACUUGAAACUCUUCGCAUGUGACCUGUGUGAUAAAAGAUACGGGCAUUCAGGAACAUUGACAGCUCACAGAAAGACUCACUUUGAUCAGGAACUGUACUCGUGUAGUCUCUGCGACCGUUCUAAUCUAUCCAAGAGAGGACUGAGGAAUCAUCAACGCAGUCAUGCAGCCAAUCAAAGAAUCUACCCCUGUGAUAAAUGCGAUAAAAAAUUUAAGACACGCCACAAUUUAGCAAACCACCUUGCAAGUGCAAUCCACUCAAAUGUGCGUCCCUUCUUGUGCCAGGUAUGUGGCAAAACAUUCACUCACCUCGGGAGAUUGAGGAGACACGCACUUGCUCACUCACAAAACAAAAGUUUCAUCUGUGAGGUUUGUGGGAAGACAUGUUCACGGAGGGACAACCUCCGAACACAUAUGAAAGUACACAAUCCUAGUCGACAGAAGAAGGUGGAAGGUAUAUAAUAUGGAUCUACACUCAUGUAUGAUGUUACAUAAUGUUAUUUGGAUGUAGGUUGACGCUAACAGAAGAUGACAAUAUAAUUGACCUGAAUCUUGGAUGUAGUCCAGUCCAUCACAAGUCCCUUCCAGUCUAUCAAAAGUCCAUCACAAAUUCAUCACAUCAUCCCGUCCAAAUUCAAAUUACAAGAUUUCUAAAUGUGCUUUGUAUUAAGGCAUUUCUUUCUUUUUUAAUUCAUGCACUUUUUUGUGACUGCAUUUGUUGUGGGCUCGACUACAUCCCGAUCAAAGUAUAUACAUAUAUUGUACUCAUGUCCCAAUGUGACAGAAACACUCAAAUAGAAAUUGAUUGGACAUGAUUUCUAAAUUAUGGGCAGAUUUCGACCGAGGUUGAAGAAUUAAUGUCGAUCACUGAUUGAACCAUUACAUGGGUGUCAGAAAAAAAAUAUCCCAAACCAGCAACUUAAUCUUGUAAAAUUGGUCAACAUCAUUCUUUGUCAAUUUGUUGCAAUUUUAACCCCUUUUCUUCAUUUUAACUCAUAUCUGUGGUUGUUGGUCGUGUAAACAUGUAUAUGUGACAAACAUGUAUUAAAUUAAAUCAAAUUGUAGUUUGUAUUGUUUAUUUGUUUUGUUUUUUAACUAUUUUUUAUUGACAUGGAUUACACAAAAUGUGGAUUUUGUUGUCGGAGGCUGAUACACACCCAGACAGGGAUUCCCACACUUAAAUUCUGGUCGGUGAUAACUGCGUUCACUGAAGUUUCGCACAUAUUUGUUUCCCUCCAACUUACUUUACUUUAUGUUUAUUGUGGUAUACGUGUGGCAGUUAAAAUAUGUUGUUGUUUUUUUUUUGCUUAUUUUGUUUAACAGUGGAGUAAAUGUUAUUCGAGCAAUACGUAUUCUCCAAGAUUAAAUUACUUAAAAUUAUAUCUGCCAGCUGUUCUCACGUCUGUACAAGUAGAAACACGGAGAAAAACUGGAACACAUUACAGCUAUCGAUGUCAUGUAUGUAAAAUAAGGCUAUAUUCAAUUGUGUAUGUUAGAACCUAUUUUUCUAUCUUUGAAAAUGAGUACAAAUAUAACGUCUAAACCUCGGAAAAUAUGAUCUAAAUUACUAAAAAUGUAGAAAUUACCAAAGUCUUUCGAUUUAAUAAGCGAAAAAUCAGUAAAUAUUAUUUUUUUAAAAUAAAGAACAGGGUUUCGUAUAAUCGGCAGCAUAUACAGUACUUUGUACAAAAUGUAUUAUGUAGGAUAUUUAUAUUUGCAUGAACUUUAUAUGCUAAUCCAAAUUUGCUAUUAUCGUCAAAAAUACUGGGAUAACUCAUGCCUGAUUGACCUCUGGAAGUAAUAUAAUUCAUUUGCUGCAUGUGCGUUCUGAACGUGCCACUGAAGACGAGUGCAUUGCGUUGGUGCUAUUAGGGAGGUCCCAGGAAUUGUGAACAAUGUUUGGCUUACACAAAAACGAAGGCGCUAGUUUGUUGAAACUGACUUGAGAACCAAGCAAACGCAACAUGUAUGCAAUGUAGUUUUUUACUUAAAUUUGUAGUAUAAAAAACUAAUGAAAUGUUAAACUUUGUGUACAUAUAUUUUUAGUAAAUACUUUUCUAUUUUUUGUCACUUGAUGUUAUAUAUCCAGAUAUCGACCAAAUACCUCAGCAUUCUGUAAUUAUCAAAAACCGUUCUUUUAGAGAUGCCUAAUUAAAAGUCAAGGUGAACGUAAA